AUGGCAGCCAGACACUUCAUCAACGACGGGACCACUCUCGUGCAGGAUGCGCUUCAGGGCCUGGCACUGACCCACCCAUCGCUGAUCUACGACCCGGAGAAUAAAUCGAUCAUUAAUUCCCGCCAUGACGGCAACGCCAAAGUGACUUUGAUAUCUGGCGGUGGUGCGGGACACGAGCCUUCGUUUGCCGGCCUGGUAGGCGAUGGCCUGCUCAGCGCUGCGGUCUCUGGGUCCGUCUUUGCGUCGCCAAGUGUGCAUCAAAUCCAGAACACGAUUGCUUCGGCUGGGGGAUCGGCUGGAACACUGCUGAUCAUCAUGAACUACACCGGGGAUGUUCUCCACUUCCAUCUCGCUGCGGAGAAGGCUCGUCUCGCGGGCCAUGAGAUGGCAGUCUUAGUCGUGGGGGACGACGUGUCGGUUGGCCGACGCAAAAGUGGCAAGGUAGGCCGGAGAGGGCUAGCUGGCACGGUCCUCGUGGAGAAGAUCCUCGGGGCGGUCGCGCAGCAGGAAGACGCCACUUUGAAGAAAGUGUAUCAGUUAGGUGAGGAAGUUGUGGCGAAUUUGGCCACGGUGGGGGCUGCCUUGGAUCAUGUGCAUCUGGUGGGAAAGCCUGCCACAGACCUGACGGUCCGGACAGACCAGGUCGAGGUCGGCAUGGGGAUCCACAAUGAGCCAGGAUGCUACGUGCUUAAGCCUCAACCUCAUAUCAACGUUCUUGUGGAUCAGAUGCUGGACCAAUUACUGGAUCAGGAAGACGAGGAUCGAGCCUAUGUCCGGUUCGACGAUGCGGAAGAGUUGGUGCUCAUGGUUAACAACCUUGGUGGCAUUUCGAACCUCGAGUUCUCAGCUAUGACGAAGGUGGUCGUCGGACGACUUGGUAAACGCAGCUUGCAUCCAAGACGAGUAUACGCUGGGGCUUACAUGACCAGCCUGGACGGAAAAGGAUUUAGCAUCACAUUGCUCAAAGCCAGCAAGGCGAUGAUACAAGCCUUAGAUGCCCCUGCAUCAACUCCUGGCUGGACCGCCCACCAACACCUGGAAACCUCUCCCCCAAUAGUGGACAACAUAUCUCUUUCGGCGGCCAUUAGUCGCGCCUGUCUCAAGGUUGUGGCUGCGGAGGAAGAAAUUGAUCGCUUCGACUCCUUGGUCGGGGAUGGAGACUGUGGCUCGACGCUGGCGCGGACAGCCAGAGCAAUUCUGGCGGACUUGGAGAAGGGCGGGUGCGUGCACCCCGACGGUGAUGUGGUUGGGACCGUGGAGGCUAUUGCCAAGGUGGUCGAGGACAACAUGGAUGGCACUUCGGGCGCGCUUUACGCGAUUUUCCUGAAUGCAGUCGGCGCCUUCUUGCGCAACGGUGGAGUAGGACUGCAGGAAGAGAGACUAGUCGGAGCCGCUGAAUGGAGCGAGGCUUGUGUGGCGGGACUCGAUACUCUGCAGCGCGCCACUCCAGCUCGAGUAGGUGACCGGACGUUGAUGGAUGCGCUCGAGCCGUUCAUCAGAGCGCUGCAAGCGGGUGAAUCCACAGAUGCAGCUUUGAUAGCCGCACAGGCUGGCCGAGAUCGAACGCAAGGAAUGCGAGCUUCGCUGGGGCGCGCUGUCUAUGUCCCCGAGCAAGGUUGGAGCGAAGUUCCUGAUCCCGGAGCUGCCGGACUUGUAGUCUUACUCAAAGGUCUCUUGUUAGCUUGA